UGAAGGCGGAGUGUGAGGGAAUGUAGUGGAAGUAGUGAUGCGACUCGUCAGUUUCUCCACAAAUACGGAAUACCAGCUACCAUGACAACCGUAUUACUUCACAAUGCGGUUCACGGAAGCAAACUGGUCGCUGUGCUUCUUCUCUGGUUUGGUCCUAAUACUGUGUUCAGAAAUGCAGGGUGUGUUCAUGCAGUGAAACAUCGUGACACAGCGUACAGCCCUGUUGGAUUGGAGCAGGUGGUGAUAGUGAUCCAGAGUCAGAGGAACUCCUACCACCACCGACGAGGUGGACAAAAAAAGGUGGAGAUUCUGCAGCAGGCAGCUGACCUCAGACAGGGGUUUCCAACUGUCAUUCUUCUUCAUGAGCUGUCAGAGUAUGAAGGGAACUGGAGCAUCCUUCCUACUCUUUCUCAGCUCUCAGAUGUAUACAGCCAAUCAGCAUCUUGGUUUCUCUUCAUAGAGGAGGAAACUGGAGUCAGACUAGCAGAGCUUCUGCACGUCCUCAACAGAUAUCAACCCCAUGAGGAAUGGUUUUUAGGCAAGUGUCUCCAUGACAACGAGGCCUCCAUCAUUCACCACUAUGCAUUCUCUGAAGACCCCGGUUCCUUUGGUUAUCCUGAUCCUGCAGCAGGCUGGGCUCUCAGCGUGCCGCUGCUCCGGAGACUUGCUGACCGGCUUCAACACGACAAACCUCAGAAAUCUGAUUUCACUAUUGACUUGAAACAUGAGAUUGCUUUGUAUAUCUGGGAGGGAGGUAAUGGACCAAACCUGACUGCAGUACCAGAGUUUUGCACCCAGCAGAGAGACAACUGUGCUACUACGUUUACAACGUACCUACCCAACUGUGGAGCUCCUGUACCCAAAGAAGACAUAUUUAUCAGUGUCAAAACUUGCCAAAAGUUCCACUCGGAGCGAGUGCCAGUGAUAAAGGCAACCUGGGAGAAAGAUGCUCAGUAUUUGGAGUACUACAGCGAUGUCACCGAUGCCACUAUACCAACAGUCAAUCUUGGAGUGCCGAAUACUGAGAGAGGGCACUGUGGGAAGACCUUUGCCAUCUUGAAGCGGUUCCUAAGUGAAUCUGUGCCAAAGGUUGACUGGCUACUCAUUGUUGAUGAUGAUACACUGAUCAGUUUGUCCAGAUUGCGCCACCUGCUGAGCUGUUACGACCCACAGGAAGCAGUGAGCCUUGGGGAGAGAUAUGGCUAUGGCUUGAUUCAGAAUGGAUACAGCUACACCACAGGAGGAGGAGGGAUGGUGCUCAGUCGGGUGGCAGUGUACAAGCUUGUUUCUAGUGGCUGUAGCUGCUACAGUGAUGAUGCUCCUGACGACAUGGUGCUGGGCAUGUGCCUCACUUCUCUGGGUGUUCCCAUCACUCACAGUCCACUGUUUCACCAGGCACGACCGGAGGAUUACACAAAGAAUUUGUUGUCCUUGCAGCAGGCCAUCUCCUUCCAUAAGCAUUGGAACAUCAACCCUGUGGAUGUCUACAAGAAAUGGCUGCAGGACACACACAGAGACGAACUCUAGAAUUACUGUUUUAGUUCACUAUAAUGUGGAAAUGUACUGACGAUGCUAUGCUUGUAGCUCAAUAUGGCAGAGAAGAUAGAGUUAACUGUUUUAACCCCUUAUGACCUACUGCAUGCAUUUUUUUAAAGCAAUUUCUGCCUAAAUCACAUAAAAAAAGACAAAACACUGCUCAUCGUGGAAUUAGCUUUGUUGAGGUGUUGGAAUUUUGACCAAACUCAGUAAUAUAUGGUGCAUUCAGAAAAUAUUCAGAGCGCUUCACUUUUUCUACAUUUUGAAGUGAAGGAAUAAAGCCAAAGGAAAUGUCUGUAGACCUCUGAAACAGGAUUGUCAUGAGGCACAAAUCUUGGGAAGGGUACAGAAAUAUUUCUGCUGCUUUGAAGGUCCCAUUGGGCACAGUGGCCUCCAUCAUCUAUAAAUGGUAGAAGAUUGGAUCCACCAAGACUCUUCCUAGAGCUAGAUGCCUGUUUAAAUUGAGUGAUCCGGGAAGAAGGGCCUUAGUCAGAGAGGUGACCAAGAACCCAAUGGUCACUCUGUCAGAGCUCCAGCAUUUCUCUGUGGAGACAGGAGAACCUUCCAGAAUGACAACCAUCUCUGCAGCA